AAAAGCUCCAAAGCAUCAUUCUUGUGAGAACUAUAGGACGAUAGGAUCUCCAAGAUGAAGACUUUAAUUCUUCUAGCGCUGGUUGCUGUGGCUUCUGCAGUAUGUUAUGACGGAUACCAGGCACUUCGAGUUGAGCCAGCGAAUGAACUUCAGCUGGACUUUCUCAAUACAUUGAAAAAUGAACUGGAGGGAAAGAUAUCAUUCUGGUCUCAACCCCGAACUACCAAGCGACCGACUGACAUCCUUGUCCAACCUCGCUUCCAGGAUGACAUCAAGGAAUUGUUGGAUGCUAAACAGAUCAAAUAUUCUGUCAUGAUCGAUGAUGUCCAGUCCGUCAUCGACUCCCAGGCUCGCUCCGAAGACGAUGUAAAGAUUGGCGCCGAUUUCGACUACAGUAUGUACCACACAUACGAAGAGAUCCAAGCUUGGGUAUUUGAGAUCACUGCUGCUCACAGCGCAAUUGCUCAACAAUUCCAGAUCGCUACUUCGACUGAAGGUCGCGCCAUCAAUGCCGUAAAGAUCAGUACUGGAGGUAUUGGUACCAAGAAGGCAGUCUACUGGCAGGGAGGUAUCCAUGCUCGUGAGUGGGUGUCACCUGCGACCGUCAUGUUCAUCACUAAAUCUCUUCUAGAAAACUAUGGUGUGGACAGCGAUGUCACUGAGAUCCUUGAUGCUUUCGACUUCUACAUCGUACCCUCACUCAAUGUCGACGGCUACUCUUAUACCUGGACUCGUGACCGUAUGUGGAGAAAGACACGAUCAGUUAACAGUGGUAGUGCAUGUCGAGGAGUAGACCCUAACAGGAACUAUGAGUAUGAAUGGGGAGGCGAGGGUGCCAGCACCAGUGCCUGCUCAGACACCUACCGUGGCCCUAACGCCUUCUCUGAGCCAGAGGUUGCUGGUACAACUUCUUUCCUUCUCAACGCCAACCAGGAGUUCGUUUGCUUCAUCGACUUCCACAGUUACUCUCAGCUCUGGCUCGCUCCGUGGUCGUUCACCGCCAGGGCUAUCCUGCCUCUGGACAAGGACGAUCAUGACGAGGCUGCUGCCAAAGCUGUAAACGCUCUUGCAAGUGUACAUGGUACCGAUUACAUAUAUGGCCCUUCUGCAAGGACCCUUUACGCCGCAUCUGGAUGCAGCGAAGAUUGGGGCUACGUCACUCUGGGAGCAAAGUAUUCUUACGUUGUGGAGCUGAGAGAUACUGGACGGUACGGUUUCCUUCUUCCAGCCAACCAGAUCAUACCAACUGGCGAAGAGACGUAUGAAGCUGUAAAGGCUCUAUGCAAACACAUGGUGGAGGAAUACAAGUAGAUCAUUCACUUGCCAAUUGCCUAAACGAACUCGAAACCAUGAUUUGCAGACUUCCAAGAUAUCAUGUUUAAGGAAGACUAAUCUAAAAGAAGGAGAAAUAUGCAUCAUCUAAACGUUCUUUGCAAAGCUUUGGGAGAACUAUCUCUUAAUGAUUCGACUCCUGUUGCUUUGUCUACAUAAUCAUACCUCAGUCAUGAAACCGUUUCAUUUACAAAUAUAUGCAUUGGUUCAAUAUGGAUUUGGAACAAUCAACAUGUCGACUACGAAACAAAGUAUUGUGUUAAAUACACGUUAAAUACAUGAUACAAUUAUACGUAUAA